CUCUAAUCACAAGCACUUUAGCUAAGAUCAUAGCAUCACAAGCAAUCAUAGCACUUUAGAGAAGAUCGUCGAUCGACCAUCAUGGCGUACGAGGUGGCCAUGAAGGCUCUUGUUCUCAGCCUUGUGCUCGGCGCCGUCGCCGGCAUCCGGCCAAGCAAGCUGGUGCGCCGCCAGGUGCCGGCGAUCUACGUGUUUGGGGACUCCACGCUAGACGUCGGCAACAACAACUACCUACCGGGGAAAGACGUCCCCAGAGCUGACAAGCCCUACUACGGCAUCGACUUGCCGGGAUCCGGCAAGCCCACUGGAAGGUUCAGCAAUGGUUACAACACCGCCGACUUCGUCGCAAAGAAACUAGGAUUCGACAAGAGCCCUAUGGCAUAUUUUGUUCUAAAAGCGCGCAAGAAGCUGAUCCCCAGCGCAAUCAAUAGAGGAGUAAGCUAUGCAUCAGCAGGAGCUGGGAUUCUGGACUCCACUAACGCCGGGAAGAACAUCCCGCUGUCCCAGCAGGUGCGGUUGUUCGAGUUGACCAAGGCCGAGAUGGGUCCACGAGUAGCGAGCAACCUGCUCUCCAGGUCCUUCUUCCUGCUCGGCGCCGGCAGCAACGAUUUCUUCGCCUUCGCGACGGCGCAGGCCAAGCGGAACAAGACGGCGACGCAGAGCGACGUCGCCGCGUUCUACGGCAGCCUGCUCUCCAACUACUCCGCCACCAUCACGGAGUUGUACAAGCUGGGCGCGAGGAAGUUUGGCAUCAUCAACGUGGGGCCGGUGGGCUGCGUGCCCCGUGUCCGCGUCCUCAACGCCACCGGCGCGUGCGCCGACGGCAUGAACCAGCUCGCCGCCGGCUUCGACGCCGCGCUCAAGUCGCUGCUGGCCGGGCUCGCCCCCAAGCUGCCGGGCUUCACCUACUCCCUCGCCGACUCCUUCGGCCUCACGCAGGACACCUUCGCCAACCCGCUCGCACUCGGGUUCGUGAGCUCGGACAGCGCGUGCUGCGGGAGCGGGCGGCUGGGCGCGCAGGGCGAGUGCACGCCUACCGCCACGCUCUGCCCCGACCGCGACCGCUACAUCUUCUGGGACUCGGUGCACCCGUCGCAGCGCUCCGCCAUGCUGGGCGCCAAGGCCUACUACGAUGGCCCGGCGCGCUACACCACGCCCAUCAACUUCAAGCAGCUGGCCAGAGCAUGAUGAGUUGACAAUAAUGCAUGCACUCAUCAGAUAGUGAUCGUUUCUCAUUUGUUUAUUUGUUUUAUGUCCCACCACAAGUCCUUCAUCCAGGUGAAAUGAAACUAUAUGCACACAGUGAUUAUGUACUCAUCAGAUAUGUAGUGAUUGCUUCUCCGU